GGUUUUGUAAAUUCAGGGUACAGUGUCAAUGGCAUGGCACCAAAUGCAGCAGCCCCAAGUCCAUUAGGUCAGAUGGCUCCACAAGAUGGCAUGCCAGGUGGGCCCAUGCCUCCAAGCUUCUUUCCUCCAUUUAUGUCACCAAGAUAUCCAGGUAGUCCCAGAGUACCCAUUCGAAUGACGAAUCAAGUAGAUUUUAAUACAGGGCCGCCUGGUCCUGGUGGUGGACAGAUGCCUAUGCCAAACAGUAUGGAUCCUCGGCCAG